AUGAACGGGUGGCAGAGGACGCUGAUGAAUCAGCAGGUCGGCAGCGCUGGGCUUGGCGUUGGCGGCUCCGGCGGGAUGCAGGAUGUGGUGGCCCUUGCCGCCGCGGCCGAUCCCCAGUUUGUGAGGCUGCGGGACAUGGCCCGAGAGAAGAUAUUCAAGUUUUUGGAAAGUUUGCCAUUGCUGCCUCCCUGGCGGCCGCGCCUCCGGGCGCUCGCGACGCGGCUCGAGGAGAUCUUGUUUAGAAAAUACCCAACCAAGAUGGAGUACUAUAAAAUGACGAGGCGACCAAUGCCACAAGCGAUGGUGUUUGCUGUCAAGACCUACACGGCUCAGAACCGACAAUAUCGACAAAUUCAACAAUCGUUAAGGCAGAUUGCAUCUUCCCCUGGCUAUGGGGCGAUGAUUCCGACAUCCAGUAUCAUGCAAGGUGCAAGUGAAAAUUCUAGAAUGUCUUAUGUGACGGGCAAUGUUGGCCCUUUGACGUCUAGUGCAGAUAUGGUUCUGCAGAACGCCAACAUGGAUACCUCACUGCCAGAAGGAGCUUUUGAUGGGCACGUGAACACAAUGCUUUCUUUGGGGACAAACCCUACACCACAUGAUCUUUCUAGAGCGUCCAACAACAACAUGGUAACACCCAGACUGGAUACAAGCUUAAGUGAAGCCAACAGAUUCUCUCCCAAGGUGACGCAGGCACACCCGACGCCUAUCAAGAAUCUCCCAAGGGAACCAAAGUUCACCUGCCCAGUCUGCAUCAGUGAGUUGGUUGAUGCGUCGUCUACCAUCUGCGGCCACAUCUUCUGCAAGAAAUGCAUAGAGGCCUCCAUCCAAUUUCAGAAGAAGUGCCCUACUUGUCGUACGAGGCUGACCAUGGGAAAUUUCCACCGCAUCUACCUCCCGACGAUGGAUUGAGCUGAUCCAGCCAUUCUGAGUGUGGUGGAGCAUCAACACCCGACCCUUCCUCCUCAACCGCAUUUUGGUGAUUCAGUCUGAACUAUUCUUCAUGGGGUUAUCACUAGAGUCCAAUUUUUUCGCUACAAUUUAAUAAGUGCUCGACUAAUAGUGAACAAACUUUUAAUCUGCAUCCUUGGUGGUAAAGGAUACCGUUCUCGUGGGAAU